AUGUUCCUGAAGAAUGUACAUCAAGAAUGUCCAUAUGUUCAAGAAUGGAUUGAAGGUCAUGUGACAGGUACAACACCAUAUCGUCAACAUUAUUAUGAUGGUUCAACAAAUACAAAUCAACAUUUUUCAUGUAUUUUUUGUCCAACACCACUUGAAUUUCAUCAAGGAAUGUCAAAUCAAACGCCAGCAAUUAUGGGAUUAGCAGGAAAUACAAACACAGCACAGGCUCCAACAACACCAUUGGAAGCUCAGAAUCGACUAUCACAACAAUCAACAACAAAUAGAACACCUACAACGUCUUCAUCUGCUUAUCCAGCACCAAAUUCUGAUAUGUUGAUGGUCUGUGCCAAAUGUCGUCAAGUAUUACCACGAUGUUUCAUUCGUAUGAUGAGUUUAACAACAUAUAUUGAAGAUGCAUCUUAUAUAUAUGAACCAUUAAUAGAUAAACAUACAUUAAUGUCAAGUCAAUGGUUUGCAUGGUGUCGUUUAUGUCGUCAUGGUGAUCAUGCUGAACAUGUUUCACAUUGGUUUGCCAUGAAUCAACAAUGUCUUAUUGCCAAAUGUUUAUGUCGAUGUACAUUAAUUGAUGACAUCUUUUGUUAG